AUGAUCCCCACGAAGCCCAUUGUUCUCUACGGCCACAGUUACUGCCCCAACCCGGCAAAAGUGGUCAUGAUUCUCGAGGAGCUCAAGAUACCGUAUGAACAUAUCACCAUUGACCUGAGCGUCGUCAAAGAGGAACCCUACAUCUCCAUCAACCCAAACGGCCGCCUCCCCGCUAUCAAGGAUCCGAACACGGGCGUCAUCCUCUGGGAGUCGGGCGCCAUCGUCGAGUACCUUGUCGAGACGUACGACAACGAGGGUGUGCUGUCCCUUGUGUCUCUUGAGGACAGAUUUCAUCUGAAGCAGUGGUUGCAUUUUCAAAUGUCGGGCCAGGGGCCGUACUUUGGCCAGCUCGGGUGGUUCAAGCUCUUCCACCCCGAAGACGUCCCGAGCGCCAAGGAGAGGUACGAGGAGCAGACCGUCCGCGUCCUUUCUGUCCUCGAUCGUGCUCUCAAGGGGAGAAAGUUUCUCGUUGGAGACAAAGCGACCUACGCCGACAUUGCUUUCAUGCCGUGGGACUAUCUCGCCAGAGUCCUCCUCGGCGAGGGGUGGAAUGACAAGUGGGAGGUCGACUCCAAGUAUCCCGACUACGUCGCCUGGGCUGAGAGGAUCCGCGCCCGGCCUGUCGUCAAGAAUACCCUGGAGGUCAUGGGAAAACAGCGGGCCGAUGAGGAGGAGCAGGCUAACGCUCAGGAGUGA